UAAUUCUCAAACUAAUAGCGAAUUAAGAAAAUUAAAAAGGCAAUCAGAAACUACCAAUCAUCAAGAAAAUUCGGAUGAUGAGGAUGGUUCUGGUCGACAAGAACACCAAGGUCCGGAAGUUGAUAAACAUGUUUUAAUUAGCGGUCCACCCGGUACCGGAAAAUCUUACUUGGCUCGAGAUUUUUGCGAAAAUGAGGCUUUGCGAUACGCUUUCGUGAAAUUUGAUACGGUUGAAGAGAACCGCCAAAAAAGAUUAGGAAUUAAAGAAAAAAUUAAACCAGUAGUAAUGGUAAUUGACGAACUGGACUCAGUGGGGAUAAAAGAUACUAAUGCCAAUAAUUCCUCUAGCCGGGAUGAAGUAAAUGGUUUGUUAACCAUGUUUGACGAUAUAAACCGAGAAAAGUUAAAUAUCAUUGUAAUUGGAAUAACUAAUUAUCCGGAGGCCUUGGACGACGCAUUAGUGCGGGCUGGUCGGUUUGGCCGAAAAAUUGAAGUGGGAUAUCCAACGGACGAGGAAAUGGAUAAAUUGUUCGAUUUUUUGGAAAAGGAAAUGAAAAGUGAACGAGGCUAUAAACUUUUGGAUAAUAAGGAUAAAUGGAAUGAAGAAAGAA